AUGGAUACCGAUUAUGUUGAAGAAAACAUACUGCUGCCUCAGGUAGAAGAUGGACUCCAGGGCAUUCAGCUCAUCCGUGAUAAACUCAUUGAGGCCAUCCAGCCUCUCUUGGAAUUGCUAUGGCAGCAGACAGGGACAUCUGCAGCUCUGAUAGUUGGGGCUCCUCCUCAAGAAGGUUCAAACACGUUUUUCAUCAAAAUUUUACAGUCUGGCAAGACACAAGAUGCAUCAUCUCAUUCUUGGUCUCAAUGCGAAGCGGACGCUUUCCAUGACCAUAUUAUCCCGUCUUUUACUCGAUUCUUGGCUAAAACGAAGCCCGACGCAUGCACAGUUGCAAUGGAUGCUUCAACUCCACAUGCAGAUGCACCAUCUGAGGGCGUACCACAACCUCAAUCACAGCCUGUACACUCACUUGGAGUAGUCACAGCAAACACAUCUGGCACCGGCGACAUCAGCACUAGGCAAGCCACCGCUGCUGGUGGUGCAGGACUGACAUCCUCACUUGGCUCUGACAUUGGGGAGUCUGAGGUUGCAUCAGAUGUUGAUGAGCUUACGGAGGAGAUUGAUGAGCUUGUGGAUGAUGACAAGGAGGCCAGCAAUACGAUACAAAGAAUCACAACUGGUAUACCAGACUGGGCUCGAGAAGCGCAUGACUUCAUGAUGUCGAAGCACCUAGGCAUUGAGAACGGUUACAGUUUUAAGACUGCGAUCAGAGGCCUUGAUGCUAUCAACCGCCCACCCCAGGUCGCACACUGGCUUCAUGUGCACCGUCGCAUGCUGUCAAAACUUCCAGUCAUCGAGAGCCUAGAUGAGUACACUCACUCCUGGUGGCUGUGGUGGGCCAGCCUUCAACCAGAGUGGAGAAAAAAUGAUAUUUCUGGGCAUCCAAUACUCGGCGGCGGUGGCGAUUGA